AUGUCUGUCUAUCGCUCGGCCGAGACCUGGGGCGCUGCCCUCCAGCGCCUUUUCAACCCUGAGCCUGUUGAUCCGGCCACCGACACACUUGAGGCCAAGGACGCUCGCAUUCGCGAAGGUCUCCUCGACCUCUAUAUUCCGGGUACUUCGCAUGUUACCAUCGACGGAUUCACCAUGGACUUUGAUGGCCUCAUAGCCUCCGUAAACCGGGUUCGACGCUCGACCACCAAUUCGGGCACGUUCGUGCGCUUUACUGUCCGUGAUUACGUACGCGACCCGUCCGACCCUACAAAAUUUCGCUGCGUUUGGCGCAUUGUUUGCGAAGAUCCUCCUGACGGCCCUCCCGCAAAACGGCCUCUGCCGCCAGUCGUCGAGGUGCAGGUGCGCGGUACCUUGAGUGCGCCUGACGGUAAGGCUGUUGAUAUCCAAGCCCAAUCGCAGACCAUCGCAGAGUCUGAUGACUCGUCUAGCUCCGACGACUGA